AUGGCGUGUAUCUGUGAGGUGGCCGGGUUGUGUGUCCCUGAUAGAGUGGGCGCGUCGCUAGACCGCCGGGGGGGAUGGGUCGGCUGCUGUGGUAGUUUCCCUCCUCUGAACUGGUCCUUUCUCGUGUCGCGUGACAGGAUUUCUGGUCGUGGAACUAUGUCUUUAGUGGCGUGGUCUUUCCGAGUUGGUCCUUACUCCAGACUAGAACGUCGCAACAGUGUGUUAGCAACUGCCGCGACUCUGGCUAAGUUCAUCUGCGUCGCUCCUUUACGCCUGUCCACUCCCAUGGUGCUGCGACUGUUAGCUCGCUUGAAGUGGCGGUUUCUAGGGCGGUCGUGGAGUGUCGGGCCCGGAGUUCGAGGGGGUGGUGGGUGGACUGGGGGCGGGAGGGUUGGGGGGUGCCGCGUUUGUCCACCAGGUCCUCGAAUGUCCGUAGCUGUUCGCUGGGGCGGGGGCCGGGCGCCGCUUGCCGCCCGCGGGGGGGCCACGUGGGGGCGUAGCUGCGGAGUGGGGGACUGGGGGGGGUGGGGUCGGUUCUGGGUGUGUUGGGGUGGCCUAGGCUUGUGUGUUGUUGACGCGGGUGUCUUCUUCCCUUGCUCCCCUGUUCGGCCGAUUUUUGGUUUUGGUGUCGGGGGUGGGGGGUGGGUGGUGGGCAUUGGGGUUUGGUGGUGGUGUGUAGUGUUGUUGGGUGGUUGCGGUUUGGUGGGGUGUUGGUGGGGUGACUGGCUGGCUUUCGGGCCUUUGUGGCUAUUCUCUGGCUUUCUUUGUCGGGUGGCUUGUCGCUGUUGGUGGGGGGGGUUUGUGGUAGUCGUUUUAGUUGUGUCGGUGGUGGCGUGGGAGCUGUUCGGGGGGUUGUGGGGGGCUUGUGCCUGUGGGCUCUAUCGGAGGGAUGUUGCGCCUCCUUUUAUCGUUUAG